CAACAUUAUCAAUACAAAAUACACAUCACUAGCGAUUACUCAAAAAUGCCAAAUGAGUGGUUGUGUGUCUUGCAAUCAGAUUGAUAUAAAAAAUGGCAAAAACUUACGAUUGUUUAUUUAAAUUACUUUUGAUAGGUGAUUCUGGAGUAGGAAAAACAUCUAUUUUAUUUAGAUUUUCUGAAGAUGCGUUCAAUAUUUCAUUUAUAUCAACCAUCGGUAUUGACUUCAAAAUUCGAACAAUAGACCUCGAUGGUAAAAAAGUUAAAUUACAAAUAUGGGACACGGCGGGUCAGGAGAGGUUCCGCACGAUAACAACGGCUUACUAUAGGGGAUCUAUGGGUAUAAUGCUUGUAUACGAUGUUACAAAUGAAAAGAGCUUUGAAAAUAUAAAAAAUUGGAUUAGAAAUAUUGAAGAGAAUGCUAGUGCUGAUGUGGAAAAAAUGAUUCUUGGUAACAAAUGCGACUUGGAUGCAAAAAGACAGGUUUCAAAAGAAAGAGGUGAACAGUUAGCUAUAGAAUAUCAAAUAAAAUUUGUAGAAACGUCAGCUAAGGACUCGCUAAAUGUCGAAUAUGCAUUCUAUACACUAGCAAGAGACAUUAAAGCAAAGAUGGAGAAAAAACAGAAGGAGGCCAGCAACCCGGCGGGCGCGCGCAGCGGCGCGCACCAGCUGCGGGCCAGCGAGCAGCAGCGCAAGCCCGCGUCGUGGCUGUCGCGCUGCUCCGUGCUCUGACGCCCCGCCGCCAGCCCGCGCCACCUACUCAUCCACUAAGGAGCGUGGGUCGUCAGCCCACCACUAUAUUUUUCGACCUACACUUUUAACCGGUGCGACUCCACGAGGGUAUAUCAGACUUGCUUUUGUAUUUUUAUAUCCGAUUAUUUCGUUCAGGUGUCGUUGUGUCGCGAUGGUUCGGUCGUCGAACGAGCUGAACGAUGGUCGCCUAGCGUCACCUGUUUAAUUGUGUGGUUCGUUACAUUUUCAUUUGGAAUGUUAUUGCGACUGCUUUUGUAAAUUUCAAAAUCAGUAUUUUUCGUGGUUAUUAUUUCUGUAAAAUAAAUCUAUUUUAAUGUGA